AUGGCAACUCAAGCAGGUCUUUUCACUCCCACUAUCACCACUUCAAAGUCCCUGGCUCCAUGGAACCCAUCUUCACCAUUUUCAUUAGCUACCCCCAAGUCCAUCAACUUCUCCAUGGAUCAGAGAACUAGCAUCAGGGCUGCAGCUGCAGAUGAAGCUGCUGCUACCGCUGCCACAAAGGAAGCUCCGGUGGGUUUCACCCCUCCAGAAUUGGACCCAAACACCCCAUCACCCAUCUUCGGAGGAAGCACUGGUGGGCUGCUGAGAAAAGCCCAAGUUGAAGAAUUCUAUGUCAUCACAUGGGAUUCACCCAAAGAACAAAUCUUUGAGAUGCCAACUGGUGGUGCAGCCAUCAUGAGACAAGGACCUAACUUGCUCAAGCUGGCCAGGAAAGAACAAUGCUUGGCUUUGGGUACCAGACUGAGGUCUAAGUACAAGAUCAAGUACCAGUUUUACAGGGUUUUCCCUAAUGGUGAGGUCCAAUACCUCCACCCCAAAGAUGGAGUUUAUCCUGAGAAAGUGAACCCAGGUCGCCAAGGAGUUGGCCAGAACUUCAGAUCAAUUGGGAAGAAUGUCAGUCCCAUUGAAGUUAAGUUCACUGGGAAACAAGUUUAUGACUUGUAAGAUGAGAGAAUGCUUAAUUAGGGAUGAUGAUGUAACAACCAUGAUUAUCUGACUACAUAAAAGUCUCUGUUAAUUGUUAUAUGUGGCACAUGUACUUCCCUUUUCAUUGCCCAUUGGUUUCCUGUAUUUCGUCCAUCUUCAUAGGCUUAUGAAUUAUGUUUGAAGAUGUAAGUGCUUGAUGUCUAUGAUAAGCAAAAGGAGUUUCUGGUAGAA